AUAAUUAAUAAUCAUUUGGUACCAAAAAAAAAAAAAAAAAAAACAAUGGCACCCCAUGGAGAGACAAUUACCAAAUCAUCCUACCUUCGAACAAAAAACGUUACCAAGCCCCCUAGACUCUCCAACGAUAAUUUACAACGUACAAUGUCCGAUAUUUCGUUCGAAUGGAACGCGAUAUGUCCCGUUGAUUCUUCAAAUCUACCACCAAUUUCCGAAGUAGAAAAUGCGAAGUGUGAGUGUUGUGGUAUGAGCGAUGAAUUCACACAUGAAUAUAUCGAUCGCGUUCGAAAAAAAUAUUCAGGCAAAUGGAUAUGCGGCCUAUGUGCAGAAGCAGUAAAGGAAGAAGCGGAAAAAAAUGGAGGAAAAAAUGAAGAAGCAUUAAGUAGUCAUAUGAGUUCUCAUAGCAAGUUUAAUAAAUUUGGUAGGGUUUAUCCUGUUCUUUAUCAAGCUGAAGCAAUGAGAGAAAUGUUGAAGAAAAGUAGUAGAGAUGGAAGGGGAAUUCUUAGAGCAAAAUCUAUAAGUCCAAGGGAUAAAAUUGUCAUAAAGAAGGGUACUACUGGGAUUGCAAGAAGUACUAGUUGCAUUCCUGCAAUUACUAAAGAGAUCAAUGAGCUUAAUUAAUUAAUUAACCUAGAUAAUUUGAUUUACUGGUCUAAUAUGUUGUGGAAUUAAUAAUGUUUAAUAACAAGAUUUGGACUAAUUAAACUAUUGUGUUAGUUACUCUUCGAGUUUUUUGGGGUUAAUUAGUUCAGGUUUUUAACCUUUUUUGUUCUCUCGUGUUAUGAGGGGUUUUAUGGUCACGUUUGUAACUCAAAUGUGACUGACCAAAUUUAUAUCCAUCACCUCAGGAUGUUUAAUGUUGGUCUAUGAUGUAUUAUAUUUUAUUCAAAUUAAUACGAUCUAUUUGAGUAAGAUUUUAAAUAAUAUAAUUGGUGUAAGUCUUGAUUUUAAAGUAUAAAAGAUGUAUUUUGGGAUUGAUGAUAAGUCAUAUUAGCGGGAUGCAUGUUUAGUGUAUUUUAACUAAAUUAUUAUCAACAUUCUGGGCCGACCCAUUAUUUUAGUUGAGCAUAUAAAGAGCAUUUUCAUAGAGCACACCAGUAUAUGUGCUAUCACUUAACACAUCAAUGAUUUGAAUAAUUACGCAUCUUAUUCGAGUUAUCUCUUGAUAUAAUAUAUUUGCUUCUAAAUACAUUGUUUCUAGCUAAUGUAUCUUGCAUUUUUUCUGCUC